UAACGCCAGAGGCAUUCGAGUCGAUACCUAUACUAUUAACUCAGUGUAGUGGUAUGGUGGUUAUUAUAGUUCAGACAAGACUGUAAGCUGAACUCCGGAAUGGUCAUGGCGCCUAAAUUGUUGUGGAUAACAAUUAUUCAUGUUUUAUUGUGGAGCUUUACAUUUUCUCUAUCUGAGAGUAUUGAAUUAAAUGAAGAUGGUGGAUUAUUACUAAAUAGACUACGCGAUCGAGUACGGUACACGACACAUAUUUGUGAUCGUUUGAAAAAUUCACCGCCGGUGGUUAAUCAUAAUAACUAUGAAUCUUUGUCUAAUUCAGAUAGAGAUGAUAGUUCUGAAAAUGCUGGCUUAACUAAGGAUUUGAGUGAAUCAUCAAAUCCCGUAAAAAGACAUGCUAUCUUACGAUGCUAUAAUCGUCCAGCACAGGAAAAUAACGAAUCUAACAAACCAGAUUUAAUAACAAGUGAGUGGCAAAUGAAAUCUACUCCUGUAGACAACGCGUAUGGUAAUUUAUAUGACCAUCCAACGGUUGCAGGUCUACAAAAAAUUGACAUUAAUUCACACAAAGUGAUUGAUCAAGAACCGUUWUAUCAUACAGUACCACUUUUACAGAAAGGAAAUCUUACUGAAAAAAAACCAAAACACUCAGUACUUCAGUUAAAUUUACAAGAUAUGACCAAGAAAAUCAAAUCAUUAAUUUCUACACCACAACAUAAGUUAGGUGAAAUAAUAUCAGAUAAAUUAGUCGAUGAAAGUCUAUAUAACAAAUUAGCUCAGCCGUCACUGACUCACUCAUUACCUCCCAAAUUUACUAAGUAUCCUGUAGUUAAGCCAGAAAGCGACAAACAGAGUAACCCGUUAAAACUGUCUCCAAUUUUACCACAGAUACCGAAUAGCAAUUUUUAUGAGAAAGAUUUUAUAAUUGAAAACAAACCAUUCUUGUCCCUUCCAUCAAUUCAGGUUAACAAGCCGAAACCUGYAGACAUAUUGUAUGACAGACAUGUACCACCUAUGGCGUAUCGGCCAACACUUCCUCCAUUAAAACAUACUCCUGUCAUCAAACCGACACAUCCACUGAGUUUCGUACAAAAAGAAUUUCCGAUACCUACAACCAAUGAACGGCCACAGGGUAAUAUUGGUUUGACAUCCCAAUAUCCUAAAAUAAUCAAGAACGGCAUUGCUGAACCAACGUCUCAACCAAUCCUAAUUGAAAAAAACGAUUCAAUAUAUUUUCCACAUAAAAAACUAAAGGAAUCGAUUGAUUUGUCACCACCUACACAAUUUAUAAAGACUUCUGAUACGGAAAUGAUAAAUAAACCGAUUACAAUUUUUGAAAAAAAAGUAUCAAUAUAUUUGCCAUAUAAAAAACAACAGGAUUUAAUUGAUUUAUCACCACCUAAACAAUUUAUMAAAACUCCUGAURUAAAAACGGUACAUAAACCGAUUAUAAUCGAAAAAGAAGUUUCAACAUCAGUACCAAAAGAACAAGAACAACCAAUAAAUUAUUUKCCAUUACAAGUUCCACAAGUUAUACAGAUUCCUGACAAAGAAUCAAUUUAUCAGGAAACUUCAGGCCAAACAAUAGCAUCAACAAAUGUACCAUAUGAACAAUCAACAAUUACUUAUGAGCCUUUGAAUAGUGGAUCCACAUCUCAGAUAAUACCAAGUGAAAAUGAAGUUUCAAUAUCUAGUACGUAUGGACAACAACAGCCAAUAGUAUAUUUUUCGACACCUCCACAACUUCAACAAAUUAAAAUGCAAAACGAAAUAUCAACACCUUUACCAUAUAAACAACAAACAGUYGUUGAACCUCUAAAAAUAGUCAAACCUUUUAACACUGAAUUAUUAUCUAAAAAAAAAAAUUCAUUAUAUGAUCAACAACAACCAAUAACUUUGCCAUCACCUCCUCCACUAACCAAGACGACUACUUCAGCUUAUGACUAUUAAUUUAUAAUCAAAUAUUUACUAUUGAUUUA